UAUCUAUGGAUAUUUCUCACGAACUUUCAUCACAUUCCGAACACCGAAAUCCGAAAAUCCGAAUUUUGACCUUUGACCUCCGACAUGCUCCGACAUGCUCCGACAUGCUCCGACAGUAGUGUCAUUAUUGUAUACUUAUACUGCGGUACGCAGGGCAUCUCUAGAUACAUAAGCUCUACGAUUUUGUAAAAUUAAAAUAUUGUUAUAUGUAUUUUUUUGCGGAUUUUUACAUAAAUUGAAUUAUAUUCCAUUUCUGAAUUAUAUUCCAUAUCUGUGAUAUUCAACAUGUGGUGUCUUAAAGGACAUGAAGGUAUAUGUGCGUGUCUUUUCGUUUAUAUUUUGCCAAAUCAGAAGAAAUCCUUUGGCAAAUCACAGAGUGACAUUAAGCUGGAAGGAGAUGCCACAGUUAGUGAACUCCAUGCAGUGAUUUCUGUGGAAUCAACAAAAGAAUCCGACGCACAUAAAUGUGUUAUCAGCAAUAUAUCUAAAUAUGGAACAGUUGUUGUAAGAGAUAAAGAGAAGAAAAAACUAUACGCAAAUGACAAAUUUAUUUUGAGAUCUGGCGAUAUAGUGCAAUUUGGUCAGAAAUAUACUUUUGUUGCAUUGUGCCAUUUAUUUGUGAUUGUGAGAUCUGGUUUAAAUGAAGAGGAUACUGAGAGAUUAAGGAAUAUUACGGAUUAUUUGGGAGGAGUAUUAUCUGAAACUUGGGACACUUCUUGCACACACUUGACAGUAGCUGAAAGUGUUUUAUUUACUACAAAAUUAGCUUGUGCAUUGGCCUCUGCCAAGCCUAUUGUCACAAUUAUGUAUUGGGAAGCAGUAAACAUAGCUAUUAAAGAAUCCAAAGAAUUACCAAAAAUUGAAGAUUUUCUACCAAGAGUAAAAGAGGAGUGGCUGAAAGUUUGUUCGAGAUCGUUUCUACCAAACGAAAAACGUAAAACAUUAUUCAAAGGCUUGUCAUUUGUGCACUUUUGCGCAAAGCAAUACUUUACAUAUGCGCAAUUAAUUAUUGCAGCAGGUGGCAAGUCAUGUGUGUAUCCCACAAAAAGACCUUUGAGUCCUCGAGAUCUCACUGCAAGAAAUGCUAUUGUUAUACAGCAACCUGCUAAUGAUUCCUCGCAACUAACUCAAGUUAUUGCAGUUGAUUAUCCAAUAAUUUAUUCCAAGUUACAAGCUAUCAAACGUAGAAUGAUUUCUGAUACGGAAAUUCCACUUGCAAUUCUAUAUUGCACUACGACAAUGUAUUGUAAUCCCAAAUUCGAUUUUGCUACAUUUGUAAAAUUAAAGACGCAAAUAUUUCCUCCAUCUGACAUGAUAAUAACCGAGGAUACGCAAGACGUUGAUAAUGCUGCUAAGAGACAAAUCGAAAGAAAUAUUAUACCUGAAACUUGCAAUUCUCAAAAUAAUCAAAACAUCUCAAAAGAAACUUACUUUUCUAACGAGGGUGAACAGAGAGAUACAUAUAAUGCUAGUAAAAGUAAUAUGAUGGAAGACAAGCAGAACGUCAAUAAUAGAGAAAACAAACGCAAAAUAAUUCCCGAGACUUGCGACUCCCAAAACAAUGAGCAUAGUUUGAAAAAAACUCGCUUUUCUGACGAAAAUGAGCAAAGUAAUUUUACCAUUAGUAAAGAUGACAUUGGGAUGAAAAUUCAAAACAAUGAAAAUAAUAUAAAAAAUAUAUGUUUUUUUAACAAAAACCGACAAAAUAAUAUUUGUAAUAAUAACGAAAAUAAUAUUGUGAACAAUAUUUUCCAUAAUUCAAUAGUUUCUAGAAAAGUUGAUAAAAAACCUCAAAUUAUUCCUGAGAGUUGCAAUUCUUUAGAAGAAAGCGUUAAUAACAUUUUUUCUGGCAAAAGCAAUAAUAAGCAAGCUGAGAUUAUUUUCGACACUGGUAAAUCUAAUGAAAAAAAUAUUCUAAGCAAUCUUGCUAUGGAGAAAGAAGAAAAUGUUGAAUUACAAGAAAAGGAAGUUUUUGUAGAAAAUAAUUCGAUUUUUGCAAAAAAUUAUAAAAAAAAAGAUAUUUUGGAAGAAAAUAAAUACGAGUUUCAACAGUUGGGAAAUGUGUUUACAAACAAAGAUAAUAGUUCGACUUUUGAAAAUAAUAAUUUGAAUCGUAAAGAAAAUUUAAUUGUUGAAAAUGAUAGUUUAAAUGAUAUUAAUGAUAAAUUGGAAAGUGCGAGAUGGAAAAGUUCUAAAAAUUCGGAAUAUCCGCGAAUUGUAUCGAUAGAGGAAAUUAGUAACAAUGAGAUGUAUAUACAGCGAGGAAAAGAAAAAAGGAUAUUGGGAAAGAAUUGCUUUACAGUUGAAGAAUCACAGAAAUCAUUGAAAGAACAAAAAUUAGGAUCAGUCUGUAAAUCUGACAGAAAUCAAGAAUAUAAAACAGUAAAAGAAAAUGAAAUACAAAAAAAGGAUAACAGAAAAGAAGAGCCGAAAAAAACAGGAGCUACCUGGUACGAAAGAUAUGUAAACCAAGAAUUUACGAAUGAGAUACUGCGGAAAGAUAUACCUUGUGGCAAAAAAUUCACAAAGAAACCCAUUACGAUCCCUGAGAAGAUACUGAAGGCGGACGACUUCGUCUUGUGAUCCAAGGGGUUAUUCACAAUUCGAUAUUCAACACAUGGUGCAAGUUUUAAAUUAUUUGGUUCAAUAGUUAAUAAGAUACAGUCACGCAAAGUUGUGUUACAAAAUUUUGUUUAAAAAUCGAUAUAAUGGAAGGAACGCUUGACAACACACCACAUUAAAUAAGAACGUAUAUAUUUACCGUAUUAUAUUAUUAUAAAUUGUUUGAAAUAAUUAGGUAUCAUUAUUAUUUAAAAUAGAGAUUCGUUGUACAUAUAUACAUACAUACCUUCAAAACAGCACAAAAAAGUUCAAUAAAUCACAUCACAUAAAAAUUGAUAUUAUAGUGCAAUAUAGGAUUCCAAAACUAGAAAAAUUUUUUAUAAUUCAUAUUAAGUUUUGUAUAUAAAUAAAUAUACAUACACACAUGUCAACAUAUUAGGCAUAACAUUGUCAACAAUACAUAUUAUAUAUUUUUUUCUAUGAUAUUUUUA